AUCUUCUCAGGCACUCCGUAGUGUCGAAGAAGCCUCCAUAGUGUCGUCCUGUCCACGCUAUCAAAUGCCUUAUUUCUUUUAAAUAACCUGGUGAUAUUUCAAAUGAAUUUGUGUUAGCCAAUAGCUGAGUAACUUUACUAAGGCUUCGAAAUUUCAAUGAAUGACUUGUGAGAGCUAUAAUUUGCUUACAUUUAAACGUAAGUGUAGUAGUGCAUCAUUCAGACCAUAAUCAUAACCAGAAUAAUAAUCCAAAUCAAUUUAUGAUAUGGUUAGUGUUAGUAAUCGAAUUGACUACACGGUAUUAGGAGUUUUUUCACGCCAAACGUAUGCAUAAUAAAUGAUUUCUGAAUUUCCUAGAUUCUGUUGAAUUCCAAAUCAUCGUUUGUAUUCGUUGUGUUCUUUUUUAGUGAUUGAUAAUAAAUAUGGAUGAGAUUAUUCCAGGUCUAUGGCUUGGACCUAUGCCAUUUGCAGAAAAUAUUUCAGUCUUAAAAAGAAAUGGAAUAAUAUCAAUUUUAACAUUAGAUAUCCUUCCAUUAGACUGCAAUAUAUUCAAAGGAUUUAACAUGAAGUUCUUAUACCUGCGCGAUGAGCCAUCUCAAGAUUUAUUGGAAAUUCUUGAAGAUGCUUUAAAUUUUAUUGAUGAAAGUAUAAAAAAUAACUCAAAUAUUUUGGUUCACUGUGCUAUGGGUGUAUCUCGCAGCGCCAGUGUUGUUAUCGCCUAUCUUAUGCGUCGAAAUCAUUUAUCCUAUGAAGAGGCUUAUAAUUUUGUUUCAAGAAAACGGAGUAUUUUUCCUAAUAAUGGAUUUAUUAAUCAGUUGAAAUUGUUUCAUACUAUGAAUUGGACUGUCAAUCGUGAUUCUCCAUUAUUUCAACAAUAUAUGACGAAAAGAACCUUCUCAGUUUUUACCGAUUAUAAUGGUGAUCUUAUAGAAAAUCAAACGGACUACCAGUUGAACAAUACACCUUCAAGUUUUAGAUGUAGAAAAUGCAGACAAGUGUUAUUCAAUUCGAAUCAGUUACGUAUUCAUCAAAAACCGGAGACAACACCUAAUCCUCUCAUAAAUUCUACAAAAUACAAGAAUACUGAUAGUGUAUCCAGUGUCUUAAUCAAAGGUGUUUCAUUGAAUGAUUCUCCUCUACAAUGUGAUAAAAAUGAAUUGUUCUGUGACCCAUUGGAAUGGACAAUGCACAACACUAGUGAUGUUCAAGGAAAGCUUUAUUGUCCUGGAUGCAAUGCUAAAGUUGGCUCUUUCAAUUGGUGUGGCGAACCAUGUGUAUGCGGCACAUGGGUAGUUCCAGCAUUUCAUUUCAAUCGUAAUCAUCUUGAUCGUGUACCGAUACGUUCGAGAAAUGUGAUUACUAUCCCAUCGAAGCCUGUAGAAGACAACAGUUCCUUAGUUACGAAUGCUGAUAUGAAUCAAUCAUAAUCUUAUCCAUUGUAUGUUUCCUCUGUCUUAUCUUAUCCUAUCUUUGUAUUAUAUGUACGCGCAUUCACAUCAAACUAAUGGUUAUCUCAAGUUUCCUCCUCUUUCCUCAAUUACAAUUUAAUAUCUUCAAGAGAUUUAUUUCUUGUAAUUUAUUUGAUUACUAUGUAUAUUUUCUGUUUUGUUUUGGAAUCGUUGGAUCCUUUUUUUAUUCAUAAAUUAUAUUCUCUAUCAUGGAAUUAUGGUUCUUUUUUCAUCGAAGAGUUGAGAUAAUAAGCAAUAGUAUCUGUUCUGUAGGGGGGUGACAUUGAUGUCGAUAUAUUCCAAGUGUUUAACGAAAACUUGAUAUGUACAAAAAUAUUAAUAAUCUAACAUCGCUGCAUCCAUUUUUUGCCGUUUAUUGUUAAUCUAAACACUCUGAUCAGUGUAAGUCAGUCAGUCAUUUACGACUUAGAACUUCGUACGUUUGUACGUACAUCAAUUCGAGUUACCAUACCACGUUAGCACAGAGAUACAGUUGUCGAUUCAAAU